UUUUCAGCAAAAAAAAACACAAAUACAGUUAAACAAAAUGCCGUUUUGUUUUCCUAAGCAGCUGUGCAAAGCCUGAAAUAAAUUAUUUACAUGUUUGGAAUUUUUCUCAAAACGAUCACAGUUAGAAAAAGUGUUUCAUCAAUUUAUUUGAUUUUUAAACGCUACAUCAAUUGCACUUUAAAUCAAGUACAUACCACCCAGAUCAAAGUAUGGAAUGCCCUAUUUGCACCGACCAAAUCAAAGAUCCGAGGGCUUUACCGUGUGGUCAUUGUUAUUGUGGGCCUCAAAAACCCUGCCUGAACAAACUACAAAAUCGCCCAGGAUUUUUAGCAUGUGCAACUUGCCGGAUAGAACAUCAAAUGCUUAUAUCUCAAAUAAAACCUCUCUAUGGGAUACGCGAAGUUUUAGAAAACCAUGCUCAAGAAAAGCAAAAACUCCUGGGUGAAUUGAAAAAACUGACCAAGGAGAAGGAAAUGAUGAGAAAGAAAACUGUUUUUACGCCACCUCCGUGUAGCAGUGAAAAUUGCUCGAACACCGUUGAUUUUUGGUGCAAAGAUUGUCUGAUUGCUUUUUGCGAUGACUGCUCAGAAUCAAAACAUUAUCGUCAUUCGGUCUCGAGUUUUAUAAAACAUCUGCAAGAUCAAUUGCAACAAAAACUGGGCAAAAGUACAGACAUUCAAUUGAAGAAUUUUAUCAGUAACGGCAAUCGGGAAAUCCAUAAUGUGACUGCAAUCAUAAACACAUUGAGAAUGCAAAUAGGAGCCAAUAGUGAUUACCUCCACAAAUUACGAGAAAGCGUUUCAUACCACGAAACUAUUGUUGACAAAAUGGAAACCUUUAAUAGGUUCGCCAAAGCUGGCAUUCACAUGCCUUUCGAAGAUAUCCAAACGUUUCUGCAAAAUUUUUUAAUCGUUCCAAGUUGUGGAAAUAAACCAAUGUGCGGAACCAAGAGUGUGUCAAUUCAAACGAUGCCAGUUGAAAACGUUUUAAGGAGUUCGGUUGACGAGUUGAACAAUCACGUUAACACUUAUCCCAUUAUUCGGAAGGCCUCCAUUUCUUUUCCAAAUAUUAGGAGAUUAAGAGUCAACGACCCUCCAAUUUGGUCGAGCCAAUUUACCUUUCAAAAGGACACUUUCAAAGUGGGAUGUGUGAUUAACCAGUGUGACAAAUGGCAUACAGAAAUGUUGCAAGUUUUGGUGCAACGUCAGUUAAGGCAUGAAUUCGAAAAACUGCCAAUCGUUAGAAUAUCCACAGAAAUUGUGAAUCAAUCCGCAAAUUCACAAAACGUAUACAAAGAUGUUAAAAAGAUGCAAGGAUGUUCAAUUGAGGGUGUUCAGAUCUCCCGUGCAUCAUUAUUUCCCCAUACCCCAAACACUAGCGACGACUGUGAUUUCUUCGUUAACAGCUGCGGCGCCAUCGACAUUUCCUGCGAGUUUAAGCAUUCUUAGAGUCUGUGGGGCUUGAGAUAUGAUGAACGAAUGUCUCUAGAUUUACU